AGCGGGGCGGAGAACAGUCGACGGUUGUACUACAGCAUAGUACUGCAAACAGCUGUCUGCUGCUUUGUACACACGUUUCGCUGAUCUGGUCAAUGGAUUACACAGUUUCCCUACAAGUGCAACAUCAAUUGACGGUGUUCCCGACACACUUGUACCAGGGUUACAGUUUGGAGUUACAGAUGAAGUCUACAGAAGUGGACCAAGGGCUUUUCACAGACACCUACUGUAAAGUGUGCAGCGCUCAGCUCAUCUCCGAGUCCCAGAGGGUUGCCCACUAUGAGAGUCGGAAACAUGCCAAUAAAGUGCGGCUGUAUUACAUGCUACAUCCCGUGGAUGGAGGCUGCCCAGCAAAGAAACUCAGAACAGACAAUGGCAGUGAGGAGGGAGACGUGGACAAGAACAAGUGUUGCACACUGUGUAACAUGUCCUUCACCUCAGCAGUGGUAGCACAGUCACAUUACCAAGGCAAAAUCCACGCCAAGAGACUAAAGCUGCUGCUGGGGGAGCAGCCUGCCAUCACAGCAAAAGAGGCUCCGCCCAGUCCCGUGAAAAGCUCCCCAGAAACGACCCCAGUGACCUCUCCUCGGCAGCGCAGGGACUCGGACCGCUACUGCCAGCUAUGCAACGCCUGGUUCAACAAUCCGGGCAUGGCGCAGCAGCACUAUGACGGCAAGAAGCACAAGAAAAACGCAGCUCGUGCCGACCUCCUGGAACAGCUGGGCAAGACCCUGGACAUGGGAGAGAUGAAAGGUCUGAAACGUAGCUAUACCUGUGAAGUCUGCAGUGUCACACUCAACUCUGUGGCACAGUACCAUGCACAUCUGCAGGGCUCAAAGCACCAAAACAACCUGAAGAAUCAGAUAUGUGUCCAGUGAAUCUUGAAGAACAAAACAAACCAUUUGAUUGAUGUCAGACAAGCUGUGUUCAGCUUGCCCCAAUUUUUCUGCCUCUGCCCUGCUUUCUCUCUCUACCACACAAACAUACACACACACACACACACACACACGCACACGCACACACACACACGCACACGCACACACACACACACUCUCUAUCUUUGUCCUGCUAGCAUACAAUAGGAGAGCAAGUUUUUUUUAAAAUGCUUCAGCUCCACAGCAUCUGUCUCACCUGUCAACUUAAGGCUUCUGCAGAACUCUUGUCAUUUUGGCCAUGUGAUAAUCAACAUUCCACAGAUUCUGCAUUUCACACCAACAGAUUCUCAGUACUUUUAAAGACGAUGGUCGACGAGAAUAAAUGUGGAUCCAGCAAAGGGACAGUCCCCUCAAUGCAUGAAGAAAUUAACGACCUGCAACUUCAUGCUAACUAUGCUUUUGCUUUAGUUGUAAGUGGUUAGAGAGAGGAAGACUCUCAAUGGCAUUUUGGCUUGAGUAAUAAAGUGUUUUUUGUAAUUGAUUUACCUGAAAUAGAAUAUGUAUAAGAGAACUGAUAUAUAAGUAGUGUAUUGUUUUUUAAAUCUUAUUUAUGAGUAAUUUAUUUUUAAAAUGUAUUUUGCCCUCAGACUGUUUUUUUUCCUUUAGAAUAAUGUAUAAUAAUGUUUGGGUCUAUGCUAUAUAUUCCCAUCUAAUUUCACAGUAACAUAAUAUCCCUGGUGGACAAGUUGGCAAUAAUAAUGACAGUUUGUACAAUGUCAUUGAACAUAAUGGCAUGGUGCACAAGUUGCUUUAUAUAUAAUACAGUAAAAGGUUUUCAUAAUGUUUACAAUUUGAAUCUGAACUGAUUUAUCUGCAGCUCUAGUAGUCCUAAAUAGGGGAUCUACAGGUAACUGCCAAAAUAAAGGAAACACAAUAAGGUAUAUUGAAAGCAGGUGUAUUGAAAGCAGAUGCUUCCAAACAGAUGUGGUUCAUUGGUUAAUUAAGCAAUUAAAAUCCCGUCAUGCUUAGGGUCAUAUAUAAAAUGCCUAGUUGCCCAUUAUUUUGGACUAAUUAACCCAGGAACCACAGUGACUUUGAAAGAGGGGUCUCAAAGGAGCAUAGGGGGUUUAAAGGUGUGUGUGUUUGCAUGUGUCAGUCACCAGAUCUCAACCCAAUUGAACACGUAUGGGAGAUGAUGGAAUUUCUCAUGGAGUUGUAGAAUCUAUGCCAAGGCACCUUAAAGCUGUUCUGGCAGCUCGUGGUGGCCCAACACCCCAUUAAAACACUAUGUUGGAGUUUCCUUUAUUUUGGCAGUUACCUGUACUUUGUCAGUGUUCCAGGUAUAAACAUGUGUUCUCUGUUCCUCCAUGCGGAUUGAGGUUCAAAUGUGGUCUUCGUCUCAGGGAGGUCCCAUUGAUUACUAUUGUCCAGAUUUAUGAUUCAGAUUCAUGAUUCAACAAAACUGUUCAAAAAAUGUGUUCACUGAAUUCAUUCCAAUAGAGCCUUUUAGAAUGUGUUAGUAUUACAGCCAAUUACAGUCGAUUUGAAUCAAACCAUGUUAUUCUGUAAUGGUGUAAAACAUUGCUGUUAUGAUGAUGAUGAUGAUGUCUUAUUCAGAAAUUGAGAGUAUUUAAAAAGCAAUCCAACUUUAAUAUACAACCUUAUCUCAACCUUCUGUAGCAACUCUUUCAUUCUAAUAGUUAUAAGAACAAUAAAGCUAUGUAAUGACAGUGGUUGGUGUUGCGAUACAUUUUACUUAAUCAGAGUAUGGUGGUUAAAGAGAACUACUAAGCAGGUGUUCUAGUUUGAAUUUCUAUUUGUUCUUACUGUUGUAGAUGAAGCAGUUUAUUUGUAAUUGGGAAAGCAGAUAUAUCUGUAUACAGACAUAAGAGUUACUUAUUAUCCUGCCAGUACAGUGCAGUCAGUGUCUGUCGACAGCAAAAACGUGUUUGAUCAAUAGCCUUGAUAAAUGUGUUAAAAAGGGAUUGUUGUGUGCUAAUUUAUAAAUAACUGAUCUGUUUGUUUUGAAAUGAGCAAUGUCUGGAAUUGUUAAACCAAUUGAAACCAACCCUUCUCCUACCUUUUUAAUUUGUUUUAGAAGACUUCAGCCAUUUUGGAUUUACUGCUUACACAUACAAAAAAAACACACCUAAGCAUUUUCAUGCAUCUUAGAGAGAUGGAGUGAGAAAUUCUAAAACAUACUUCCUGAACUGAACACCAACUGAAGCUGGCUCAACUCAGAGCCAACCGCCUUGUGAGAUGCCACAGGCAAAAAAAGACAAUAAUGUAUAAAGUGUUUUUAAUAUUACAAACAACUUAAGAUGUGCAUGAAUGAUUUACUAAUUAAUGAAACUAUCCUUAUCAGAUCCACUGAAUUUCUUUGCUCAGACCAAGUCAUAACGUUGCAUUCUGCCCAACUUUGCAUUGGAUCUGGUGUCUCUCCCUCGAUCUCCAGAGGAACUCCACGUCUCAUACACCCCUACUCCCUUUGUGCUCUCUCUAGGUUAUGUACUCUACGGUGUCUGAAAAACAAUAAAAGACACUUGCAACUAUACUAUA